AUGGCUGCUACCGUUACUAGGACAAUUAUUGUUACGCUCGUCGUCCUCCUCCACCUACACGCCGCGUCAUCGGUUUCACCAGCGUCGUUUCUGAGUCACGAAUCACCUCCGCUCGAUACGCCUCGGACGAAUUUCUUCUGGCGCUUCCUGCGAAGCUGGCAAGCAGCGCAUCAUCCGCCGCGAUCGGCGGCGAAGCGGCCGUCGCUAUGGCUUCAGUACCGACGCCACCUGAGCGGGAAUCCCGCCGACGCGAACGUUGACCUCGCGUCAUUCACGAAAUACCACGGGGAUGGCGGGCCGUACUCGCUGACUCCUGGCAUCGAUUCCACCGACCUCUCCCUUGAUGACGUGGCAACGCCCUUCGGACGGCGUCGUCGACUGCAAGAGAAGAAGCAGAAGGGACCUUGCACCCCCAUCUCGGAAGCCAAGAUCAUCCCCGUUUCAAUCCCGUCCGACAUCGACAAGCGGCUACAGUACCCCAAUUCCGUCACCGUCAUUCUCGAGGUCACCCGCGACCUCACCCUUCCCAAGGGGCUCGUUUUUAACGGCGCCUUUCGCUGCACAAUUUUCCGGUCAGCCCAGGGGAAGCGAAACUUUAAAGUGGCUCUAAUGGGAGACAAAGAGCCGGUGAUUCGAGUUUGGAACACCAGCAACGUGGUUAUCCUGAAGCUGGACUUUUGGCUCGGCGUGACAGCGCGGUCGGGUGAAUGCGAGUUGCUACUAGACACCGAUAUAGGUAGAGACAACACGUGUCCUACGAUCCAUAUCUGGCGGUCCCAUAACGUUCAGGUCGCGAAGGGGAGUUUCUGGGGUCGGAUCGACGUGUUUCGUGCCAUGGCUACGCGUGUAGACAGUAUGAAGGGUACCGGGUUAACGCUUUUCGCCAAGUCGCCAGGAGUUAUUCGCGUAGCGUUUUCAGGUUACGGCCCUGCGCUGCUGAAAGCCUGGGUUUCGCUGACCAAUAACGAGUUGUACGGUGUAGACCAGCCGAUUGUGCUUCAAAACGGCGCGGUGGGGGUUAUAGCGAGGAACAAUUACAUCCACGACUUCCUAUUCGCGGGGAUUCGGUGCGGAGCUGACGUGUACAACCAGGGAGACUGCAUGCUGACGACGCUCAGUAACAACCUGAUCGUCGCGUCGGGUCGGAACAUGUCGGGCGAUCACGAUGCGGCUGGAAUUUACUACUGCACGCACUUUUUCAACCCAGGGAACAUCGCGGAGUGCAACUACAUUUUUAAUGGCGACCACUGCUAUUAUCUCGACUACGCCACUUCGGGGGUGAUUAUCCGCGGUGGCGCGUGCAUCAACACGUACGACGGCAUGAAAGUCAACAACGGCCACUGGUAA